AAUUUUAUUUGGCAAUUAAAGAAAAUAUUAUUAAAAUAAAAAUAAUUGAUGAAGCAACUGAAUCUUAUGAAAUUCCAAUAAUUCAUAAAUAUUUUCUCGAAAAGGAUAAUGAAAAAAUUGAAAUUACAGAAACAAGAUUUAAAAAUAUUAAAGCAUCUUUUAAUAAUUGGAAUAGUUUAUUUACUACAAAUAUAUCACAUGGUUAUUAUUACAAAAGCUUUAAUAUAUCUGAAAUUGAAUUUAUAUUACCUAAAAAUAUAUUUCAUAAUCGAUAUGAAAAAUAUUUAUAUAUGAUUGAUGAAAAUGAUAAUAAAAAUCUUGUAGUAACUCAUAUUCUCACUGGUAAAAAGUAUUUAAUUGAUGAUAGAAAAUUAAAUGAAUGGUUUAGAUUUUAUGAUUUUGGUAUUUCCGAAGAAGAUUGGAAAAAUAAUGAAUUUAGAAAAAAAUGUGAAAUUUCAGAUAAUAAAAAAAUAACAAUAGGAGCUAUUUCUGAAGAAUUUAUUAAUUUAUAUGAUUAUGAUGAAUUUAUCAAUGAAGAAAAAAUAUCUGAAGGUGCUUUUG